AUGCCUACAUCUGCGCCUUCGUUUUUGCCGAUUCUUGAUCUGCGCCUUGCCGAGGACCCUGUAGAGCGUCCGGCGCUGCUAGCUAAGCUGCACGACGCUCUUUUCAACAUCGGCUUCCUGUACAUCAAAAACCAUGGCGUGGAAGAACACAUCAUCACAGAGCUAACGGAAAAACUCCCAGCGCUCUUCGACCUGCCCAGAAAUGUCAAAUCCAGUCUCUCCAAGCUGCACUCUCCACACUUUCUUGGUUACAGCGGCUUCGCUGAAGAAACAACUCUCGGGAAAAAGGACCUUCGCGAGCAAUUUGAUUACGCAACGGAGCUUCCAGUUGUGCACCACGAGUGCAAUACUACUGCUCGGGACCAGCCCGACGAUAGUCGUGACUUCUCGCAGCUCUAUUGGCGCCUACGUGGUCCCAACCAAUGGCCACCAGAGGAGCUGCUUCCAGGCUUCAGGCGAGCAUUUACUGCCUACCACAAUGCUGUGCAAGAGCUUUCUUACCGCUUCGUGCACCUUGUAGAAGAAGCGUUUGGUAUUCCUACCGGAACAUUCGAUCACUUCUUCCAGCGUCCAGCGGCCAGGACUUUCGUCGACCCCAAAUCAUCCUACCUCCCGCCACAGCACCGCAUCAAGCUCCUCAAAUAUCCGCCCUCGCCCGCCGAAGAGUCCGGCGGCGGCCAGGGUGUAGGCGCGCACAAGGACUCCAGCGGCUGGUUGACCUUCCUGUUGCAGGUCGGCAACCACGCCGGCCUGGAAGUGCUUGCCGCCGACGGCCAGACGUGGAUCCCCGCCACGCCUGUAGCCGGCACCUUCGUCGUCAACUUCGGUAACGCCUUCGAGGCAGCGACUGAGGGUGCCGUCAGGGCCACGGUGCAUCGCGUGAAGGCACCUGGCCCGGCGUCGCCACCCCGCUACUCCAUCCCCUUCUUUCAAGGCCUACCCUUGGACAUGACGGUCUCGCAAAUCCGCUCCUACAUCCCGGAGUCGGUGCGCCGCCUGCGUCGAGAGCAUGACAAUAACGUUGCGAACGGUGCGAAUGCAGUAUCGACUUUCCUGGACCCUCGGUGGGAUGCCCUUGGCGAGUCGCAGUUGAGAAAGUGGAUCCGAAGCCAUGAAGACGUGGGAAGGAAGUGGUAUGGCGACGAGGUUGUAGAAUACUAUCUGAGUUAA